AUGCCUCACAACCCGCUGACACCUCGAGAGGCACGCGGAGUUCAUUGCUUCAAAAGGCUCAAGACGUAUGCCAACUUCCCAGAAGCACCUCAGGAGGAGGCUUCUCUCAACAAUAGGCUCAAGACGUAUGCCAACUUCCCAGAAGCACCUCAGGAGGAGGCUUCUCUCAGCAAUAGGCUCAAGACGUAUGCCAACUUCCCAGAAGCACCUCAGGAGGAGGCUUCUCUCAGCAAUAGGCUCAAGACGUAUGCCAACUUCCCAGAAGCACCUCAGGAGGAGGCUUCUCUCAGCAAUAGGCUCAAGACGUAUGCCAACUUCCCAGAAGCACCUCAGGAGGAGGCUUCUCUCAGCAAUAGGCUCAAGACGUAUGCCAACUUCCCAGAAGCACCUCAGGAGGAGGCUUCUCUCAGCAAUAGGCUCAAGACGUAUGCCAACUUCCCAGAAGCACCUCAGGAGGAGGCUUCUCUCAGCAAUAGGCUCAAGACGUAUGCCAACUUCCCAGAAGCACCUCAGGAGGAGGCUUCUCUCAGCAAUAGGCUCAAGACGUAUGCCAACUUCCCAGAAGCACCUCAGGAGGAGGCUUCUCUCAGCAAUAGGCUCAAGACGUAUGCCAACUUCCCAGAAGCACCUCAGGAGGAGGCUUCUCUCAGCAAUAGGCUCAAGACGUAUUCCAACUUCCCAGAAGCACCUCAGGAGGAGGCUUCUCUCAGCAAUAGGCUCAAGACGUAUGCCAACUUCCCAGAAACACCUCAGGAGGAGGCUUCUCUCAGCAAUAGGCUCAAGACGUAUGCCAACUUCCCAGAAGCACCUCAGGAGGAGGCUUCUCUCAGCAAUAGGCUCAAGACGUAUGCCAACUUCCCAGAAGCACCUCAGGAGGAGGCUUCUCUCAGCAAUAGGCUCAAGACGUAUGCCAACUUCCCAGAAGCACCUCAGGAGGAGGCUUCUCUCAGCAAUUGGCUCAAGACGUAUGCCAACUUCCCAGAAGCACCUCAGGAGGAGGCUUCUCUCAGCAAUAGGCUCAAGACGUAUGCCAACUUCCCAGAAGCACUUCAGGAGGAGGCUUCUCUCAGCAAUAGGCUCAAGACGUAUGCCAACAUCCCAGAAGCACCUCAGGAGGAGGCUUCUCUCAGCAAUAGGCUCAAGACGUAUGCCAACUUCCCAGAAGCACCUCAGGAGGAGGCUUCUCUCAGCAAUAGGCUCAAGACGUAUGCCAACUUCCCAGAAGCACCUCAGGAGGAGGCUUCUCUCAGCAAUAGGCUCAAGACGUAUGCCAACUUCCCAGAAGCACUUCAGGAGGAGGCUUCUCUCAGCAAUAGGCUCAAGACGUAUGCCAACUUACCAGAAGCACUUCAGGAGGAGGCUUCUCUCAGCAAUAGGCUCAAGACGUAUGCCAACUUCCCAGAAGCACCUCAGGAGGAGGCUUCUCUCAGCAUUAGGCUCAAGACGUAUGCCAACUUCCCAGAAGCACUUCAGGAGGAGGCUUCUCUCAGCAAUAGGCUCAAGACGUAUGCCAACUUCCCAGAAGCACCUCCAGAGGAGGCUUCUCUCAGCAAUAGGCUCAAGACGUAUGCCAACUUCCCAGAAGCACCUCAGGAGGAGGCUUCUCUCAGCAAUAGGCUCAAGACGUAUGCCAACUUCCCAGAAGCACUUCAGGAGGAGGCUUCUCUCAGCAAUAGGCUCAAGACGUAUGCCAACUUCCCAGAAGCACCUCAGGAGGAGGCUUCUCUCAGCAAUAGGCUCAAGACGUAUGCCAACUUCCCAGAAGCACCUCAGGAGGAGGCUUCUCUCAGCAAUAGGCUCAAGACGUAUGCCAACUUCCCAGAAGCACCUCAGGAGGAGGCUUCUCUCAGCAAUAGGCUCAAGACCUAUGCCAGCUUCCCAGAAGCACGUCAGGAGGAGGCUUCUCUCACCAAUAGGCUCAAGAAGUAUGCCAACUUCCCAGAAGCACGUCAGGAGGAGGCUUCUCUCACCAAUAGGCUCAAGACGUAUGCCAACUUCCCAGAAGCACCUCAGGAGGAGGCUUCUCUCAGCAAUAGGCUCAAGACGUAUGCCAACUUCCCAGAAGCACGUCAGGAGGAGGCUUCUCUCACCAAUAGGCUCAAGACCUAUGCCAACUUCCCAGAAGCACCUCAGGAGGAGGCUUCUCUCACCAAUAGGCUCAAGAAGUAUGCCAACUUCCCAGAAGCACGUCAGGAGGAGGCUUCUCUCACCAAUAGGCUCAAGACGUAUGUCAACUUCCCAGAAGCACCUCAGGAGGAGGCUUCUCUCAGCAAUAGGCUCAAGACGUAUGCCAACUUCCCAGAAGCACCUCAGGAGGAGGCUUCUCUCAGCAAUAGGCUCAAGACGUAUGCCAACUUCCCAGAAGCACGUCAGGAGGAGGCUUCUCUCACCAAUAGGCUCAAGACGUAUGUCAACUUCCCAGAAGCACCUCAGGAGGAGGCUUCUCUCAGCAAUAGUCUCAAGACGUAUGCCAACUUCCCAGAAGCACCUCAGGAGGAGGCUUCUCUCAGCAAUAGGCUCAAGACGAAUGACAACUUCCCAGAAGCACCUCAGGAGGAGGCUUCUCUCAGCAAUAGGCUCAAGACGUAUGCCAACUUCCCAGAAGCACCUCAGGAGGAGGCUUCUCUCAGCAAUAGUCUCAAGACGUAUGCCAACUUCCCAGAAGCACCUCAGGAGGAGGCUUCUCUCAGCAAUAGGCUCAAGACGAAUGACAACUUCCCAGAAGCACCUCAGGAGGAGGCUUCUCUCAGCAAUAGGCUCAAGACGAAUGACAACUUCCCAGAAGCACCUCAGGAGGAGGCUUCUCUCAGCAAUAGGCUCAAGACGAAUGACAACUUCCCAGAAGCACCUCAGGAGGAGGCUUCUCUCAGCAAUAGGCUCAAGACGUAUGCCAACUUCCCAGAAGCACCUCAGGAGGAGGCUUCUCUCAGCAAUAGUCUCAAGACGUAUGCCAACUUCCCAGAAGCACCUCAGGAGGAGGCUUCUCUCAGCAAUAGGCUCAAGACGAAUGACAACUUCCCAGAAGCACCUCAGGAGGAGGCUUCUCUCAGCAAUAGGCUCAAGACGUAUGCCAACUACCCAGAAGCACCUCAGGAGGAGGCUUCUCUCAGCAAUAGGCUCAAGACGUAUGCCAACUUCCCAGAAGCACCUCAGGAGGAGGCUUCUCUCAGCAAUAGGCUCAAGACGUAUGCCAACUUCCCAGAAGCACCUCAGGGGGAGGCUUCUCUCAGCAAUAGGCUCAAGACGUAUGCCAACUUCCCAGAAGCACCUCAGGAGGAGGCUUCUCUCAGCAAUAGGCUCAAGACGUAUGCCAACUUCCCAGAAGCACCUCAGGAGGAGGCUUCUCUCAGCAAUAGGCUCAAGACGUAUGCCAACUUCCCAGAAGCACCUCAGGAGGAGGCUUCUCUCAGCAAUAGGCUCAAGACAUAUGCCAACUUCCCAGAAGCACCUCAGGAGGAGGCUUCUCUCAGCAAUAGGCUCAAGACGUAUGCCAACUUCCCAGAAGCACCUCAGGAGGAGGCUUCUCUCAGCAAUAGGCUCAAGACAUAUGCCAACUUCCCAGAAGCACCUCAGGAGGAGGCUUCUCUCAGCAAUAGGCUCAAGACGUAUGCCAACUUCCCAGAAGCACUUCAGGAGGAGGCUUCUCUCAGCAAUAGGCUCAAGACAUAUGCCAGCUUCCCAGAAGCACCUCAGGAGGAGGCUUCUCUCAGCAAUAGGCUCAAGACGUAUGCCAACUUCCCAGAAGCACCUCAGGAGGAGGCUUCUCUCAGCAAUAGGCUCAAGACGUAUGCCAACUUCCCAGAAGCACCUCAGGAGGAGGCUUCUCUCAGCAAUAGGCUCAAGACAUAUGCCAACUUCCCAGAAGCACCUCAGGAGGAGGCUUCUCUCAGCAAUAGGCUCAAGACGUAUGCCAACUUCCCAGAAGCACCUCAGGAGGAGGCUUCUCUCAGCAAUAGGCUCAAGACGUAUGCCAACUUCCCAGAAGCACCUCAGGAGGAGGCUUCUCUCAGCAAUAGGCUCAAGACGUAUGCCAACUUCCCAGAAGCACCUCAGGAGGAGGCUUCUCUCAGCAAUAGGCUCAAGACGUAUGCCAACUUCCCAGAAGCACCUCAGGAGGAGGCUUCUCUCAGCAAUAGGCUCAAGACGUAUGCCAACUUCCCAGAAGCACCUCAGGAGGAGGCUUCUCUCAGCAAUAGGCUCAAGACGUAUGCCAACUUCCCAGAAGCACCUCAGGAGGAGGCUUCUCUCAGCAAUAGGCUCAAGACGUAUGCCAACUUCCCAGAAGCACCUCAGGAGGAGGCUUCUCUCAGCAAUAGGCUCAAGACGUAUGCCAACUUCCCAGAAGCACCUCAGGAGGAGGCUUCUCUCAGCAAUAGGCUCAAGACGUAUGCCAACUUCCCAGAAGCACCUCAGGAGGAGGCUUCUCUCAGCAAUAGGCUCAAGACGUAUGCCAACUUCCCAGAAGCACCUCAGGAGGAGGCUUCUCUCAGCAAUAGGCUCAAGACGUAUGCCAACUUCCCAGAAGCACCUCAGGAGGAGGCUUCUCUCAGCAAUAGGCUCAAGACGUAUGCCAACUUCCCAGAAGCACCUCAGGAGGAGGCUUCUCUCAGCAAUAGGCUCAAGACGUAUGCCAACUUCCCAGAAGCACCUCAGGAGGAGGCUUCUCUCAGCAAUAGGCUCAAGACGUAUGCCAACUUCCCAGAAGCACCUCAGGAGGAGGCUUCUCUCAGCAAUAGGCUCAAGACGUAUGCCAACUUCCCAGAAGCACCUCAGGAGGAGGCUUCUCUCAGCAAUAGGCUCAAGACGUAUGCCAACUUCCCAGAAGCACCUCAGGAGGAGGCUUCUCUCAGCAAUAGGCUCAAGACGUAUGCCAACUUCCCAGAAGCACCUCAGGAGGAGGCUUCUCUCAGCAAUAGGCUCAAGACGUAUGCCAACUUCCCAGAAGCACCUCAGGAGGAGGCUUCUCUCAGCAAUAGGCUCAAGACGUAUGCCAACUUCCCAGAAGCACCUCAGGAGGAGGCUUCUCUCAGCAAUAGGCUCAAGACGUAUGCCAACUUCCCAGAAGCACCUCAGGAGGAGGCUUCUCUCAGCAAUAGGCUCAAGACGUAUGCCAACUUCCCAGAAGCACCUCAGGAGGAGGCUUCUCUCUGCAAUAGGCUCAAGACGUAUGCCAACUUCCCAGAAGCACCUCAGGAGGAGGCUUCUCUCAGCAAUAGGCUCAAGACGUAUGCCAACUUCCCAGAAGCACCUCAGGAGGAGGCUUCUCUCUGCAAUAGGCUCAAGACGUAUGCCAACUUCCCAGAAGCACCUCAGGAGGAGGCUUCUCUCAGCAAUAGGCUCAAGACGUAUGCCAACUUCCCAGAAGCACCUCAGGAGGAGGCUUCUCUCAACAAUAGGCUCAAGACAUAUGCCAACUUCCCAGAAGCACCUCAGGAGGAGGCUUCUCUCAGCAAUAGGCUCAAGACGUAUGCCAACUUCCCACAAGCACCUCAGGAGGAGGCUUCUCUCAGCAAUAGGCUCAAGACGUAUGCCAACUUCCCAGAAGCACCUCAGGAGGAGGCUUCUCUCAACAAUAGGCUCAAGACGUAUGCCAACUUCCCAGAAGCACCUCAGGAGGAGGCUUCUCUCAGCAACAGGCUCAAGACGUAUGCCAACUUCCCAGAAGCACCUCAGGAGGAGGCUUCUCUCAGCAACAGGCUCAAGACGAAUGCCAACUUCCCAGAAGCACCUCAGGAGGAGGCUUCUCUCAGCAAUAGGCUCAAGACGUAUGCCAACUUCCCAGAAGCACCUCAGGAAGAGGCUUCUCUCAGCAAUAGGCUCAAGACGUAUGCCAACUUCCCAGAAGCACCUCAGGAGGAGGCUUCUCUCAGCAAUAGGCUCAAGACGAAUGCCAACUUCCCAGAAGCACCUCAGGAGGAGGCUUCUCUCAGCAAUAGGCUCAAGACGAAUGCCAACUUCCCAGAAGCACCUCAGGAGGAGGCUUCUCUCAGCAAUAGGCUCAAGACGUAUGCCAACUUCCCAGAAGCACCUCAGGAGGAGGUUUCUCUCAGCAAUAGGCUCAAGACGUAUGCCAACUUCCCAGAAGCACCUCAGGAGGAGGCUUCUCUCAGCAAUAGGCUCAAGACGUAUGCCAACUUCCCAGAAGCACCUCAGGAGGAGGCUUCUCUCAGCAAUAGGCUCAAGACGUAUGCCAACUUCCCAGAAGCACCUCAGGAGGAGGCUUCUCUCAGCAAUAGGCUCAAGACGUAUGCCAACUUCCCAGAAGCACCUCAGGAGGAGGCUUCUCUCAGCAAUAGGCUCAAGACGUAUGCCAACUUCCCAGAAGCACCUCAGGAGGAGGCUUCUCUCAGCAAUAGGCUCAAGACGUAUGCCAACUUCCCAGAAGCACCUCAGGAGGAGGCUUCUCUCAGCAAUAGGCUCAAGACGUAUGCCAACUUCCCAGAAGCACCUCAGGAGGAGGCUUCUCUCAGCAAUAGGCUCAAGACGUAUGCCAACUUCCCAGAAGCACCUCAGGAGGAGGCUUCUCUCAGCAAUAGGCUCAAGACGAAUGCCAACUUCCCAGAAGCACCUCAGGAGGAGGCUUCUCUCAGCAAUAGGCUCAAGACGAAUGCCAACUUCCCAGAAGCACCUCAGGAGGAGGCUUCUCUCAGCAAUAGGCUCAAGACAUAUGCCAACUUCCCAGAAGCACCUCAGGAGGAGGCUUCUCUCAGCAAUAGGCUCAAGACGUAUGCCAACUUCCCAGAAGCACCUCAGGAGGAGGCUUCUCUCAGCAAUAGGCUCAAGACGUAUGCCAACUUCCCAGAAGCACCUCAGGAGGAGGCUUCUCUCAGCAAUAGGCUCAAGACGUAUGCCAACUUCCCAGAAGCACCUCAGGAGGAGGCUUCUCUCAGCAAUAGGCUCAAGACGUAUGCCAACUUCCCAGAAGCACCUCAGGAGGAGGCUUCUCUCAGCAAUAGGCUCAAGACAUAUGCCAACUUCCCAGAAGCACCUCAGGAGGAGGCUUCUCUCAGCAAUAGGCUCAAGACAUAUGCCAACUUCCCAGAAGCACCUCAGGAGGAGGCUUCUCUCAGCAAUAGGCUCAAGACGUAUGCCAACUUCCCAGAAGCACCUCAGGAGGAGGCUUCUCUCAGCAAUAGGCUCAAGACGUAUGCCAACUUCCCAGAAGCACCUCAGGAGGAGGCUUCUCUCAGCAAUAGGCUCAAGACGUAUGCCAACUUCCCAGAAGCACCUCAGGAUGAGGAUUCUCUCAGCAAUAGGCUCAAGAUGUAUGCCAACUUCCCAGAAGCACCUCAGGAGGAGGCUUCUCUCAGCAAUAGGCUCAAGAUGUAUGCCAACUUCCCAGAAGCACCUCAGGAGGAGGCUUCUCUCAGCAAUAGGCUCAAGACAUAUGCCAACUUCCCAGAAGCACCUCAGGAGGAGGCUUCUCUCAGCAAUAGGCUCAAGACGUAUGCCAACUUCCCAGAAGCACCUCAGGAGGAGGCUUCUCUCAGCAAUAGGCUCAAGACGUAUGCCAACUUCCCAGAAGCACCUCAGGAGGAGGCUUCUCUCAGCAAUAGGCUCAAGACGUAUGCCAACUUCCCAGAAGCACCUCAGGAGGAGGCUUCUCUCAGCAAUAGGCUCAAGACGUAUGCCAACUUCCCAGAAGCACCUCAGGAGGAGGCUUCUCUCAGCAAUAGGCUCAAGAUGUAUGCCAACUUCCCAGAAGCACCUCAGGAGGAGGCUUCUCUCAGCAAUAGGCUCAAGACAUAUGCCAACUUCCCAGAAGCACCUCAGGAGGAGGCUUCUCUCAGCAAUAGGCUCAAGACGUAUGCCAACUUCCCAGAAGCACCUCAGGAGGAGGCUUCUCUCAGCAAUAGGCUCAAGACGUAUGCCAACUUCCCAGAAGCACCUCAGGAGGAGGCUUCUCUCAGCAAUAGGCUCAAGACGUAUGCCAACUUCCCAGAAGCACCUCAGGAGGAGGAUUCUCUCAGCAAUAGGCUCAAGACGUAUGCCAACUUCCCAGAAGCACCUCAGGAGGAGGCUUCUCUCAGCAAUAGGCUCAAGACGUAUGCCAACUUCCCAGAAGCACCUCAGGAGGAGGCUUCUCUCAGCAAUAGGCUCAAGACGUAUGCCAACUUCCCAGAAGCACCUCAGGAGGAGGCUUCUCUCAGCAAUAGGCUCAAGACGUAUGCCAACUUCCCAGAAGCACCUCAGGAGGAGGCUUCUCUCAGCAAUAGGCUCAAGACGUAUGCCAACUUCCCAGAAGCACCUCAGGAGGAGGCUUCUCUCAGCAAUAGGCUCAAGACGUAUGCCAACUUCCCAGAAGCACCUCAGGAGGAGGCUUCUCUCAGCAAUAGGCUCAAGACGAAUGCCAACUUCCCAGAAGCACCUCAGGAGGAGGCUUCUCUCAGCAAUAGGCUCAAGACGAAUGCCAACUUCCCAGAAGCACCUCAGGAGGAGGCUUCUCUCAGCAAUAGGCUCAAGACGUAUGCCAACUUCCCAGAAGCACCUCAGGAGGAGGCUUCUCUCAGCAAUAGGCUCAAGACGUAUGCCAACUUCCCAGAAGCACCUAAGGAGGAGGCUUCUCUCAGCAAUAGGCUCAAGACGUAUGCCAACUUCCCAGAAGCACCUCAGGAGGAGGCUUCUCUCAGCAAUAGGCUCAAGACGAAUGCCAACUUCCCAGAAGCACCUCAGGAGGAGGCUUCUCUCAGCAAUAGGCUCAAGACGUAUGCCAACUUCCCAGAAGCACCUCAGGAGGAGGCUUCUCUCAGCAAUAGGCUCAAGACGAAUGCCAACUUCCCAGAAGCACCUCAGGAGGAGGCUUCUCUCAGCAAUAGGCUCAAGACGUAUGCCAACUUCCCAGAAGCACCUCAGGAGGAGGCUUCUCUCAGCAAUAGGCUCAAGACGAAUGCCAACUUCCCAGAAGCACCUCAGGAGGAGGCUUCUCUCAGCAAUAGGCUCAAGACGAAUGCCAACUUCCCAGAAGCACCUCAGGAGGAGGCUUCUCUCAGCAAUAGGCUCAAGACGUAUGCCAACUUCCCAGAAGCACCUCAGGAGGAGGCUUCUCUCAGCAAUAGGCUCAAGACGUAUGCCAACUUCCCAGAAGCACCUCAGGAGGAGGCUUCUCUCAGCAAUAGGCUCAAGACGUAUGCCAACUUCCCAGAAGCAAGUCAGGAGGAGGCUUCUCUCAGCAAUAGGCUCAAGACGAAUGCCACCUUCCCAGAAGCACCUCAGGAGGAGGCUUCUCUCAGCAAUAGGCUCAAGACGAAUGCCAACUUCCCAGAAGCACCUCAGGAGGAGGCUUCUCUCAGCAAUAGGCUCAAGACGUAUGCCAACUUCCCAGAAGCACCUCAGGAGGAGGCUUCUCUCAGCAAUAGGCUCAAGACGUAUGCCAACUUCCCAGAAGCAAGUCAGGAGGAGGCUUCUCUCAGCAAUAGGCUCAAGACGUAUGCCAACUUCCCAGAAGCAAGUCAGGAGGAGGCUUCUCUCAGCAAUAGGCUCAAGACGUAUGCCAACUUCCCAGAAGCAAGUCAGGAGGAGGCUUCUCUCAGCAAUAGGCUCAAGACGUAUGCCAACUUCCCAGAAGCAAGUCAGGAGGAGGCUUCUCUCAGCAAUAGGCUCAAGACGUAUGCCAACUUCCCAGAAGCACCUCAGGAGGAGGCUUCUCUCAGCAAUAGGCUCAAGAUGUAUGCCAACUUCCCAGAAGCACCUCAGGAGGAGGCUUCUCUCAGCAAUAGGCUCAAGACGUAUGCCAACUUCCCAGAAGCACCUCAGGAGGAGGCUUCUCUCAACUAUAAGCUCAAGACGUAUGCCAACUUCCCAGAAGCACCUCAGGAGGAGGCUUCUCUCAGCAAUAGGCUCAAGACGUAUGCCAACUUCCCAGAAGCACCUCAGGAGGAGGCUUCUCUCAGCAAUAGGCUCAAGACGUAUGCCAACUUCCCAGAAGCACCUCAGGAGGAGGCUUCUCUCAACUAUAAGCUCAAGACGUAUGCCAACUUCCCAGAAGCACCUCAGGAGGAGGCUUCUCUCAGCAAUAGGCUCAAGACGUAUGCCAACUUCCCAGAAGCACCUCAGGAGGAGGCUUCUCUCAGCAAUAGGCUCAAGAUGUAUGCCAACUUCCCAGAAGCACCUCAGGAGGAGGCUUCUCUCAGCAAUAGGCUCAAGACAUAUGCCAACUUCCCAGAAGCACCUCAGGAGGAGGCUUCUCUCAGCAAUAGGCUCAAGACGUAUGCCAACUUCCCAGAAGCACCUCAGGAGGAGGCUUCUCUCAGCAAUAGGCUCAAGACGUAUGCCAACUUCCCAGAAGCACCUCAGGAGGAGACUUCUCUCAGCAAUAGGCUCAAGACAUAUGCCAACUUCCCAGAAGCACCUCAGGAGGAGGCUUCUCUCAGCAAUAGGCUCAAGACGUAUGCCAACUUCCCAGAAGCACCUCAGGAGGAGGCUUCUCUCAGCAAUAGGCUCAAGACGUAUGCCAACUUCCCAGAAGCACCUCAGGAGGAGGCUUCUCUCAGCAAUAGGCUCAAGACGUAUGCCAACUUCCCAGAAGCACCUCAGGAGGAGGCUUCUCUCAGCAAUAGGCUCAAGACGUAUGCCAACUUCCCAGAAGCACCUCAGGAGGAGGCUUCUCUCAGCAAUAGGCUCAAGAUGUAUGCCAACUUCCCAGAAGCACCUCAGGAGGAGGCUUCUCUCAGCAAUAGGCUCAAGACGUAUGCCAACUUCCCAGAAGCACCUCAGGAGGAGGCUUCUCUCAGCAAUAGGCUCAAGACGUAUGCCAACUUCCCAGAAGCACCUCAGGAGGAGGCUUCUCUCAGCAAUAGGCUCAAGACGUAUGCCAACUUCCCAGAAGCACCUCAGGAGGAGGCUUCUCUCAGCAAUAGGCUCAAGACGUAUGCCAACUUCCCAGAAGCACCUCAGGAGGAGGCUUCUCUCAGCAAUAGGCUCAAGACGUAUGCCAACUUCCCAGAAGCACCUCAGGAGGAGGCUUCUCUCAGCAAUAGGCUCAAGACGUAUGCCAACUUCCCAGAAGAACCUCAGGAGGAGGCUUCUCUCAGCAAUAGGCUCAAGACAUAUGCCAACUUCCCAGAAGCACCUCAGGAGGAGGCUUCUCUCAGCAAUAGGCUCAAGACGUAUGCCAACUUCCCAGAAGCACCUCAGGAGGAGGCUUCUCUCAGCAAUAGGCUCAAGACGUAUGCCAACUUCCCAGAAGCACCUCAGGAGGAGGCUUCUCUCAGCAAUAGGCUCAAGACGUAUGCCAACUUCCCAGAAGCACCUCAGGAGGAGGCUUCUCUCAGCAAUAGGCUCAAGACGUAUGCCAACUUCCCAGAAGCACCUCAGGAGGAGGCUUCUCUCAGCAAUAGGCUCAAGACGUAUGCCAACUUCCCAGAAGCACCUCAGGAGGAGGCUUCUCUCAGCAAUAGGCUCAAGACGUAUGCCAACUUCCCAGAAGCACCUCAGGAGGAGGCUUCUCUCAGCAAUAGGCUCAAGACGUAUGCCAACUUCCCAGAAGCACCUCAGGAGGAGGCUUCUCUCAGCAAUAGGCUCAAGACGUAUGCCAACUUCCCAGAAGCACCUCAGGAUGAGGCUUCUCUCAGCAAUAGGCUCAAGACGUAUGCCAACUUCCCAGAAGCACCUCAGGAGGAGGCUUCUCUCAGCAAUAGGCUCAAGACGUAUGCCAACUUCCCAGAAGCACCUCAGGAGGAGGCUUCUCUCAGCAAUAGGCUCAAGACGUAUGCCAACUUCCCAGAAGCACCUCAGGAGGAGGCUUCUCUCAGCAAUAGGCUCAAGACGUAUGCCAACUUCCCAGAAGCACCUCAGGAGGAGGCUUCUCUCAGCAAUAGGCUCAAGACGUAUGCCAACUUCCCAGAAGCACCUCAGGAGGAGGCUUCUCUCAGCAAUAGGCUCAAGACGUAUGCCAACUUCCCAGAAGCAAGUCAGGAGGAGGCUUCUCUCAGCAAUAGGCUCAAGACGUAUGCCAACUUCCCAGAAGCAAGUCAGGAGGAGGCUUCUCUCAGCAAUAGGCUCAAGACGUAUGCCAACUUCCCAGAAGCACCUCAGGAGGAGGCUUCUCUCAGCAAUAGGCUCAAGAUGUAUGCCAACUUCCCAGAAGCACCUCAGGAGGAGGCUUCUCUCAGCAAUAGGCUCAAGACGUAUGCCAACUUCCCAGAAGCACCUCAGGAGGAGGCUUCUCUCAACUAUAAGCUCAAGACGUAUGCCAACUUCCCAGAAGCACCUCAGGAGGAGGCUUCUCUCAGCAAUAGGCUCAAGACGUAUGCCAACUUCCCAGAAGCACCUCAGGAGGAGGCUUCUCUCAGCAAUAGGCUCAAGACGUAUGCCAACUUCCCAGAAGCACCUCAGGAGGAGGCUUCUCUCAACUAUAAGCUCAAGACGUAUGCCAACUUCCCAGAAGCACCUCAGGAGGAGGCUUCUCUCAACUAUAAGCUCAAGACGUAUGCCAACUUCCCAGAAGCACCUCAGGAGGAGGCUUCUCUCAGCAAUAGGCUCAAGACGUAUGCCAACUUCCCAGAAGCACCUCAGGAGGAGGCUUCUCUCAGCAAUAGGCUCAAGACGUAUGCCAACUUCCCAGAAGCACCUCAGGAGGAGGCUUCUCUCAGCAAUAGGCUCAAGAUGUAUGCCAACUUCCCAGAAGCACCUCAGGAGGAGGCUUCUCUCAGCAAUAGGCUCAAGACAUAUGCCAACUUCCCAGAAGCACCUCAGGAGGAGGCUUCUCUCAGCAAUAGGCUCAAGACGUAUGCCAACUUCCCAGAAGCACCUCAGGAGGAGGCUUCUCUCAGCAAUAGGCUCAAGACGUAUGCCAACUUCCCAGAAGCACCUCAGGAGGAGACUUCUCUCAGCAAUAGGCUCAAGACAUAUGCCAACUUCCCAGAAGCACCUCAGGAGGAGGCUUCUCUCAGCAAUAGGCUCAAGACGUAUGCCAACUUCCCAGAAGCACCUCAGGAGGAGGCUUCUCUCAGCAAUAGGCUCAAGACGUAUGCCAACUUCCCAGAAGCACCUCAGGAGGAGGCUUCUCUCAGCAAUAGGCUCAAGACGUAUGCCAACUUCCCAGAAGCACCUCAGGAGGAGGCUUCUCUCAGCAAUAGGCUCAAGACGUAUGCCAACUUCCCAGAAGCACCUCAGGAGGAGGCUUCUCUCAGCAAUAGGCUCAAGACGUAUGCCAACUUCCCAGAAGAACCUCAGGAGGAGGCUUCUCUCAGCAAUAGGCUCAAGACGUAUGCCAACUUCCCAGAAGCACCUCAGGAGGAGGCUUCUCUCAGCAAUAGGCUCAAGACGUAUGCCAACUUCCCAGAAGCACCUCAGGAGGAGGCUUCUCUCAGCAAUAGGCUCAAGAUGUAUGCCAACUUCCCAGAAGCACCUCAGGAGGAGGCUUCUCUCAGCAAUAGGCUCAAGACGUAUGCCAACUUCCCAGAAGCACCUCAGGAGGAGGCUUCUCUCAGCAAUAGGCUCAAGACGUAUGCCAACUUCCCAGAAGCACCUCAGGAGGAGGCUUCUCUCAGCAAUAGGCUCAAGACGUAUGCCAACUUCCCAGAAGCACCUCAGGAGGAGGCUUCUCUCAGCAAUAGGCUCAAGACGUAUGCCAACUUCCCAGAAGCACCUCAGGAGGAGGCUUCUCUCAGCAAUAGGCUCAAGACGUAUGCCAACUUCCCAGAAGCACCUCAGGAGGAGGCUUCUCUCAGCAAUAGGCUCAAGACGUAUGCCAACUUCCCAGAAGCACCUCAGGAGGAGGCUUCUCUCAGCAAUAGGCUCAAGACGUAUGCCAACUUCCCAGAAGCACCUCAGGAGGAGGCUUCUCUCAGCAAUAGGCUCAAGACGUAUGCCAACUUCCCAGAAGAACCUCAGGAGGAGGCUUCUCUCAGCAAUAGGCUCAAGACGUAUGCCAACUUCCCAGAAGCACCUCAGGAGGAGGCUUCUCUCAGCAAUAGGCUCAAGACGUAUGCCAACUUCCCAGAAGCACCUCAGGAGGAGGCUUCUCUCACUAAUAGGCUCAAGACGUAUGCCAACUUCCCAGAAGCACCUCAGGAGGAGGCUUCUCUCAGCAAUAGGCUCAAGACGUAUGCCAACUUCCCAGAAGCACCUCAGGAGGAGGCUUCUCUCAGCAAUAGGCUCAAGACGUAUGCCAACUUCCCAGAAGCACCUCAGGAGGAGGCUUCUCUCAGCAAUAGGCUCAAGACGUAUGCCAACUUCCCAGAAGCACCUCAGGAGGAGGCUUCUCUCAGCAAUAGGCUCAAGACGUAUGCCAACUUCCCAGAAGCACCUCAGGAUGAGGCUUCUCUCAGCAAUAGGCUCAAGACGUAUGCCAACUUCCCAGAAGCACCUCAGGAUGAGGCUUCUCUCAGCAAUAGGCUCAAGACGUAUGCCAACUUCCCAGAAGCACCUCAGGAGGAGGCUUCUCUCAGCAAUAGGCUCAAGACGUAUGCCAACUUCCCAGAAGCACCUCAGGAGGAGGCUUCUCUCAGCAAUAGGCUCAAGACGUAUGCCAACUUCCCAGAAGCACCUCAGGAGGAGGCUUCUCUCAGCAAUAGGCUCAAGACGUAUGCCAACUUCCCAGAAGCACCUCAGGAGGAGGCUUCUCUCAGCAAUAGGCUCAAGACGUAUGCCAACUUCCCAGAAGCACCUCAGGAGGAGGCUUCUCUCAGCAAUAGGCUCAAGAUGUAUGCCAACUUCCCAGAAGCACCUCAGGAGGAGGCUUCUCUCAGCAAUAGGCUCAAGACGUAUGCCAACUUCCCAGAAGCACCUCAGGAGGAGGCUUCUCUCAGCAAUAGGCUCAAGACGUAUGCCAACUUCCCAGAAGCACCUCAGGAGGAGGCUUCUCUCAGCAAUAGGCUCAAGACGUAUGCCAACUUCCCAGAAGCACCUCAGGAGGAGGCUUCUCUCAGCAAUAGGCUCAAGACGUAUGCCAACUUCCCAGAAGCACCUCAGGAGGAGGCUUCUCUCAGCAAUAGGCUCAAGACGUAUGCCAACUUCCCAGAAGCACCUCAGGAGGAGGCUUCUCUCAGCAAUAGGCUCAAGACGUAUGCCAACUUCCCAGAAGAACCUCAGGAGGAGGCUUCUCUCAGCAAUAGGCUCAAGACAUAUGCCAACUUCCCAGAAGCACCUCAGGAGGAGGCUUCUCUCAGCAAUAGGCUCAAGAUGUAUGCCAACUUCCCAGAAGCACCUCAGGAGGAGGCUUCUCUCAGCAAUAGGCUCAAGACGUAUGCCAACUUCCCAGAAGCACCUCAGGAGGAGGCUUCUCUCAGCAAUAGGCUCAAGACGUAUGCCAACUUCCCAGAAGCACCUCAGGAGGAGGCUUCUCUCAGCAAUAGGCUCAAGACGUAUGCCAACUUCCCAGAAGCACCUCAGGAGGAGGCUUCUCUCAGCAAUAGGCUCAAGACGUAUGCCAACUUCCCAGAAGCACCUCAGGAGGAGGCUUCUCUCAGCAAUAGGCUCAAGACGUAUGCCAACUUCCCAGAAGCACCUCAGGAGGAGGCUUCUCUCAGCAAUAGGCUCAAGACGUAUGCCAACUUCCCAGAAGCACCUCAGGAGGAGGCUUCUCUCAGCAAUAGGCUCAAGACGUAUGCCAACUUCCCAGAAGCACCUCAGGAUGAGGCUUCUCUCAGCAAUAGGCUCAAGACGUAUGCCAACUUCCCAGAAGCACCUCAGGAGGAGGCUUCUCUCAGCAAUAGGCUCAAGACGUAUGCCAACUUCCCAGAAGCACCUCAGGAGGAGGCUUCUCUCAGCAAUAGGCUCAAGACGUAUGCCAACUUCCCAGAAGCACCUCAGGAGGAGGCUUCUCUCAGCAAUAGGCUGAAGACGUAUGCCAACUUCCCAGAAGCACCUCAGGAGGAGGCUUCUCUCAGCAAUAGGCUCAAGACGUAUGCCAACUUCCCAGAAGCACCUCAGGAGGAGGCUUCUCUCAGCAAUAGGCUCAAGACGUAUGCCAACUUCCCAGAAGCACCUCAGGAGGAGGCUUCUCUCAGCAAUAGGCUCAAGACGUAUGCCAACUUCCCAGAAGCACCUCAGGAGGAGGCUUCUCUCAGCAAUAGGCUCAAGACGUAUGCCAACUUCCCAGAAGCACCUCAGGAGGAGGCUUCUCUCAGCAAUAGGCUCAAGACGUAUGCCAACUUCCCAGAAGCACCUCAGGAGGAGGCUUCUCUCAGCAAUAGGCUCAAGACGUAUGCCAACUUCCCAGAAGCACCUCAGGAGGAGGCUUCUCUCAGCAAUAGGCUCAAGACGUAUGCCAACUUCCCAGAAGCACGUCAGGAGGAGGCUUCUCUCAGCAAUAGGCUCAAGACGUAUGCCAACUUCCCAGAAGCACCUCAGGAGGAGGCUUCUCUCAGCAAUAGGCUCAAGACGUAUGCCAACUUCCCAGAAGCACCUCAGGAGGAGGCUUCUCUCAGCAAUAGGCUGAAGACGUAUGCCAACUUCCCAGAAGCACCUCAGGAGGAGGCUUCUCUCAGCAAUAGGCUCAAGACGUAUGCCAACUUCCCAGAAGCACCUCAGGAGGAGGCUUCUCUCAGCAAAAGGCUCAAGACGUAUGCCAACUUCCCAGAAGCACCUCAGGAGGAGGCUUCUCUCAGCAAUAGGCUCAAGACGUAUGCCAACUUCCCAGAAGCACCUCAGGAGGAGGCUUCUCUCAGCAAUAGGCUGAAGACGUAUGCCAACUUCCCAGAAGCACCUCAGGAGGAGGCUUCUCUCAGCAAUAGGCUCAAGACGUAUGCCAACUUCCCAGAAGCACCUCAGGAGGAGGCUUCUCUCAGCAAUAGGCUGAAGACGUAUGCCAACUUCCCAGAAGCACCUCAGGAGGAGGCUUCUCUCAGCAAUAGGCUCAAGACGUAUGCCAACUUCCCAGAAGCACCUCAGGAGGAGGCUUCUCUCAGCAAUAGGCAACUCCAGAGAUGCCCCGAGAACACUGUCCCAAGUCUAGAGGAACACCAACUUCAGCACAGCAACUCGAGGAAUGCUCCGUGUACCCCAAAUCGUCUCGAGAUGAGAGCUGAUUCCCUGGCUUAG